AUCAUCACACACGACUAUCGUUGGCGACGUUGACGACGUUUACGACGACGAUGUUUCUGAAGCCUAUGUCUGUUUUCUUGAGAGCAAGUCACAUUCGUGAGGUUACUCCGUCGAACCACACAUUCCCAAUAAGUGCUCGCUCGCUCGCAUACGCGCGUUGUAUCCGUGUAUAUCCGUGCUCCGUAUCCGUUCCAACGCGGCGUAUUCUGUUCUUCUGAUCUUCCAUCAUCCUCUUGUCGUCAUUCGUCAUAAGAAAUUCAUCCUCCCGCGCAGCAUAUUCAUCAAACUCAUUACAAAUGAGCAUUCGAGGCGCUCAUAUCCGUAUCCAUCCAUAGAACAUUAGCAGGAAGGUUCCACGCAAUAACAACAACAACAACAACUAAAAAUAUAAACAAUUGACACCCCUUAGUGAGGGGGGAGGCUUUUGCUUUUGCAUUUGAUUUUUAUUUUUUUUACUGUGGUUCUCUGGUGGUUGAAAGUUUGAAGUUAAAAAGUGGAGGGAAGAAAAAAUAAAAGAACAACAACCCCCUUGGGUCUAUGUAAACACAAACCCAUCUAAUUAGGUCCUCGAAUGGAAAUUUGUUCGGUUGUAACUUUUUCCCGUCCCCUUCCUUACCGCGCGGUUAUUCCGUUCCCGUUCCGCUGGCGCUGGUAGUUGGUACUGCUAUAGUGUGCUGGAGCAGGAGUUUUUCUUUGGGAGUUUUUUGUGUCGUCGUCGCCGCAAGUUUUUUGCUGUCAAGGAGUCUCGUCAGUCGCGACUGAGGUGCUUUAAUGAAAACAGGUGCGACGUGAAACAGGAGUCUUUUUUUCUUGUACCUAUAUUUCUUUUGUUCCUCUUCUUGGCCGAGAGAAAAAUUGCAAGGAUUUCCAUUCCUGCAGACGGCGGUGGUCGUACGGUGAAGCGGUGUGACGGUGUUACAGUGGCAGUGGCAGACGCAAAGAAAGUGGCGGGUGCUCCCUGUGCAAAUCUGUGUACCUACGUCGCAGUCGGGAUGUUUGCAAAGCAGUAAACUAAAGUUCACAACCCUCAGGAGUUGUUCUUCUCGGAUGUUGAUAUUGAUGUUGAUGUUUAUGUGGUUGUGCAUAUUUGUUUGUUUUUGUUUUUGUAUUGCUGUGUAUUGCUAUGUGUGUGGGGUGAACUUGUGUUUAUAUGCCCCGAUGUGCGAAAAAAAAGUUUUCGUUUAUUCGAGCGCGCGGAAAAGCCAAUAUGGUGGAAAAUUAAGCGGCAACUGCCUCAAUUUGAAUCGUUGACCUUGUGGUUUCACUUUCAACUUUUGUUUCCAUCACAUGACGACGUUAACGUUAACGUCGACGACGACUACAACGACGACGACGGUUAUAUGGUGACGCUGACGAAGACGGUGUGCGGUAGCAGUCGAACUUAUUAGAUUGCGCUACUGACGGAUAUUUUCACUUGGAUUUUUGUUUUUCUUUAUUGCAUCAACAUAAAACACCUCGAACUUCCCCUUGUGAACUAUAUUUUUGUAUAUUCAAGUCAUUGGUUCGGUGCGAUGUCUGGUGCGGUGCACUACACUACGAACUUGGGGUUUUUCGUCAUCGAUAUGUCUACCACCGUAUAAAAACCUAAUCGAUAUAAACGAUGUCAACGUUCGUCCUUUGACGACUUCUAUACUAUACCUGUUAUAAAAAUAGGUACAUACCAAUAUAUGGAUGUAUACCCUAUAACUUGGUGCGAUUUGAUUUUGAUUUGGAAUCGAAUUCGAUUAACAAGUUGUUUUGUUUUGUUGGGCUUUUGUCGUUGAAGUCGUUAAAAAAUGUGCCAUAAUGAAGUUGCGAUAGUGCGCCCAAUAAAUAAAAUAUUUUCGGUUGUUUUAAUACUUUUUUGAUGGGGGGAACUACUCUAUAACUAUUGUAUGGAAAAUAAGUGGAAUAAUAAUACAUAAAUAAUAGACGAUUGAUAAUAAUGCCACUGAGCUGUUGAUUGUAUACAUGUUACCUGUCAUAAUUUAUUUUGAUCAACAUUUUUAAUCGUACAAUUGAAUUUAGAGAAUCUUUAUGGCAUCCAUACUGGAGAUAAUCAUGCGAUCAAAGGCGAUAGCAAGGAAACUGAAUCAAGGGAGUAGUGGUGAUGAGUUCGAGCCAAUAAAUCGCCACAAUCCACACAGUCUAGGGCCACAGGCCGACGAGCACGAACUUCAAGACUAUCGAGGCUACCAAAGUGGCGGCGGAGGCGCACCCACCAAUAUACCCACAAACUUGAUGGAUCAACUGUACAGCGGCGCCUUGCGCGACCGAUCUGCAGAGCGUUUUUUAACUGAAAUGUCAGCUCUUCAGGAACUCUUAUGUGAAUUAGAUAUACGCGAGAAUGGCGUCUUUGCGAAGGUCUUCCUGCGUCGAGGCACCCGAUUUGGGCCGUUCUCAGUGACAAAUUGCGAUAAGCCCGCCGACCGGAAACUAGCUUGGGAGGCUGGCCCCAAUGACCAACAUCGAGGUUGGUUAGAAACCAGGCCCGAAGUAGCAGCAUGGUUGAGAAAAAUCCGUUCAGUGAACAAUGCCAAAGAAGCUAACCUACAGGAUUUCAUAGCCCAAGGAGAUCUGUGGUACGAAGCGAGUAGAGAUAUUUCAGCUGGCGAAGAGAUCUCUAUUGACGCCGAGUCUAAAAUCCUGCCCCGAUUAAAUGACAUUUUCAGUCCCAGAUUUAACUAUGACAACCGGAGUGAGAAAGAAAAUGGAUCUCAAUACAGUGGAAAUACAACUGGUGAUGACGAGUUUAAUACAUCGUCUAAUGAUCAGGAUAAUAAUUUAAAAAGUGAAAACAAUAAUCGUAACGUCGAUAGUAAAAGUGAUAAACUACAACCUGGAGAACAUCAGGAUACGGAUGAUGAGAAUGGUAUUGAUAUCCGCUGUGAAGUUUGUGAGAAGCCAUAUUACGAUUUAGAUCGAUUGGACGAGCAUUUGGUUGCUGCACAUCAUUAUCGGAAGGACGAAUAUAGCUGUGAUUUGUGUGUUAAGAGUUAUUCGUAUCGGCCGUCUUUAUUGAAACAUCGUGCAUUAGUUCAUAACGAUAUCAGGAAAUAUCCUUGUGAGAACUGCACCAAGGUAAGUGAAGAGGUUUUUUGUGAUCCAUCAAAUCUUCAGAGACAUAUUCGUGCCCACCACGUCGGCGCUAGAAGUCACGCGUGUCCCGAGUGCGGUAAGACAUUUGCUACAUCGUCCGGCUUGAAACAGCAUACGCACAUUCAUUCGUCGGUGAAGCCGUUUCAGUGUGAGGUCUGUUUCAAGGCAUAUACCCAAUUCUCGAACUUGUGUCGCCACAAACGGAUGCAUGCCAAUUGUCGCAUGCAAAUCAAAUGCAAUAAGUGCGGUUCACUCUUCAGCACGGUAACGUCGCUAUCGAAACACAAACGGUUCUGUGAUUCAACGGCAGUAGCACCACCUAGUGGAAUUCCCUCGCAUCAUCAUAAUCACCAUCAACACCCGCACCAUCCACAAAUGCAUCAUCAAUCGGUGUCGAAUCACUCAAGCCAGCGAGGUCUCCAGCCACCCAACGGAAUGCCAUCGGCCAUGAAUACUCCACCGAAUCCGUUCUUUAUGUUCCGAUCACCGCCAUCGUUUUUCCCGCCGGGAUUUCCCUCUUACGGGCUGCCGGGAAUGUUUCCACCCUCGCCUGCACAAACAUCGAAUUUCCCACUGCUGUUCCCGAAGCCUGCGAUGGAUAUUUCAAUACCACCGCCGUCCGAAAAAGAAGCCAUCUCACCACCAAUGAGACAUCUAAGCCAACGAAGAAGCUCCCUGGAGAAGAGCUAUUUCCCACAAAGCAUGCGUCAUAUGGGCAACAAUGAAGACAUUAAGCCAUUAACAGUGAUGCCUCCCAAGAAAUCACCUGAUUCUAGAAAAUUCACUCCACAAUCACCCAGAAGCAAUCAUUCAAGGGCACCCGAUGACGAAACGAAUUCCUCGUUUGUCGAAUCAAAGCCCAUUGAUGUUGUAGUCAAGAAGGAAGAACCGCAGUCGCACAAUGAUAACGAUGAUGCCGACUCCGGAGAUGAAAAGAAACACAUAAAUGUGACAACUCCAUCACCACCUGCUCCAGAAGAAGCGUCCACAUCGAACGGUGAACAACCGCUCGACUUGACGGUGGGAAGGAAGCGAAAACUUGACGAAGAAUGCACCCCUGAGGUGGCUGCACCGAUCACUCCAAACACCACUCAAACGGAAGACCUUGAACCAGUGAGGAAACGGCUGUCGUCUGACGAGCCUCCAAAGCAGACUUACCAGGUAAACAGUCCAGCAGCUUCAGUGUCCCCGGGACCAACUCCAUCGCCGUCACCCCCGAAUAACGGACCAGAAGUUAUGGCGUGUCCACAGCCUAUCUACCCAAUGCUCAUGGCCUUCUACAACCAGGCUCGACAGCCUGGCGUCGGAGUCGGAUCGGAUUUCUCUAGACCAUUUCCUUUUUUAGGACCAAUGGGCGGACGGCCGAACUUUGAUCACUUGCUCCAUCGCAAUGGACCGUAUCCGCCCAAGUCUAAUUUCCAUGACGCCUUAAUGGCCGCUGGAGCAAUAACCGGAGGACUGACUUCUGUUCCCGGAAAAAUAAAGGAUCGAUACACCUGCAAGUUCUGCGGAAAGGUCUUCCCGCGAUCGGCAAACCUCACGCGGCACCUUCGCACGCACACUGGCGAACAGCCCUACACUUGCAAAUACUGUGAACGCGCCUUCAGCAUCUCGAGCAACCUACAACGCCACGUGCGAAACAUUCACAACAAGGAACGUCCGUUCCGCUGUCACCUAUGCGACCGAUGCUUUGGCCAGCAGACCAACCUCGAUAGACAUUUGAAGAAGCACGAAGCUGAUACUUCGGGACUUGGAAUAGGCCUUGGUGACUCACCCUCCUCCAAUGAAGCCGACCGUGAAGACUCCUACUUCGACGAGAUCCGUUCCUUCAUGGGACAAGUGACGUACAACGAGGAUCUGUACACCCCGACGAGCAUCGGAGGUGGUGAGAACGACACCGAAUGCAGCAGCGAUGUCGAAAACGACAUCACGCCCAACAGUACCAAAGACCCCAUGAACAAUAAUGAAGCUGCCAUCGAAGUCACAACAUAGAAGAUGGCACCACGACGCAAUGCCUUAGACUAGAUAUUUGUUGGUAGUUGAAUUUUCUAGAUUUCCCUACUCGUUGUUAUACUCGUUAUAAGUUUAAUAAAAAUUAAAAACAAAACAAAAAGUAUUACUAAUAUCGCUGGUGGAUGGACUUCUUUGUCUGUACAUAGAUAUCACAAAACUGACAAAGAAGACAAGUCCUUCCCAAGGAUAAAUUAAGCAAAACAGAUUUAGACACUAAAAUUUAAAAACAAAAAUUGUAAAUAAGGCACACACAAAUCGGUACCCUCUCUGGCAAAGGAAUACAUCGAAAGUUUGUUAAAAAAAAAAAAACAGAAAAUUAUUGAAGAACAAAUCAAAAAACAAAAAAACACUAUAAUCAGUUAAUUAAUAAUAUUUGAAUGCAUAUAAAGGACGGAUUUUGUAAAACUAAUCAUUAAAGAAUUAUAUAGAAAAAGGAUUCUAAUUAUUAUUAUAUUAUUAUUAUUACUGUUGUAGCAUUUAAAAUAGCCUACUGCAUCCCAGUUAGUACUUUAUAUUUAAACAAAUUAAAAAAAUAAUAUUGAAACAAAUAAUUAUUAUGUAAAUAAUACCUAAGAAAAUCUUAUUUAGUUUAGACUAAUAAUGUAA